UAAAUAAUCUAAAAACAAAAGGUCUGUAAUCAUACUCAAAAAGUCAACAAUAUCCAGAAAUAUUGGAACUCGAACCUUAGGGUGGUUCCAUGAUUCACCAUUUACCUCAACAAAUGCUUGAGUAAUAUCAGAAAUACUCGACACCGUCUGAACAGAAUUAUACAGACCAUUAAAUGAGUGUUUGCUUCAAUCGAGCAUGUUAACAGUAACAGCUAAAAGCUGAAAUAUGAAUACGUACAAAGCAUAUGUUUCGACAUACUUUGCAAUACUAUACAACCCGAAUAUGAUCCUGUGAAGAAACAGAAAUACACGACCCUAAAAAAAUUCUCAUCAAUCUUAGACUUGAUUCGAAAUGACUAUAAUCUAACAACUAUAUACUAUGUCAAACAAUAGCAUCUAAACGAACAUUCGUCUUCGUAAAUUUAUAAAGUUCUUUUCUUUAUGAGAGGUCACGAAAUAUAGCGCACAUUCCCGAUUCGUUGACAAUCAAACCACUACGACAAAGCAGAGCUAAUGUAGUGAAAUUCAGAUAUAACCUCAAUGCAACAAGAUAAAGAAGCACGUGAUAAUAAUUGCAAUAAAACCAUGUUGAAUAACUUUGAUUUUUUCUCCAUAUGAUUUAAGCUAAAAUCACAAAGUUGAUCAUAUGACGAAGAAACAAUUCUAUUAAAGCAAACUUUAAAUAUAAAAUUACUUUAUUUUGUUUAAAAUUCUAUCUAAAUAGCUAGUACUCGUUUUCUAAAUGCUAAUCUUCAAUCACGUACACGUGAAUUAUUAAAAAAGAUGGAAAAAAAUCAUCAAAAACAAUAUCUGAAGAUAAUGAUAAUAAUUCAACAUUAAAUCGUACAGUAUUACCUGAUUAUGAUGGUGUUGUUUAUACACUUGAUGCUAAAUUAAUUGGUAAUAUAGGACGAUAUUUUAAUCAUUCAUGUUCACUAAAUAUAGCUGUACAAAAUGUUUUUGUUGAUACACAUGAUAUACAUUUUCCAUGGAUUGAUUUUUUUGCUACAAACACAAUUCGAUCAAGCACAGAAUUAUGGUAUAGAAAAUAAAGAAAUUUAAAUCUUAAUAGAUUCAUUUAUGUUGUUCUUGUGUACUCAAAAAGUGAGUACACUCUAGAAUCGGUCAGUAUGUCCGGCCGUCCGGCCGUUUACACGAUAACUUUCGAAAGAAGAGUCCGAUCGUGAUGAAAUUUUCUACACAGU